CUGUCCGCUUGGGUGGAUUAAAAAGGGUCAGACGUGCUACGCUUAUAGAGGUGGGAGUAGGACGCUACAAGAGGCCAAGAAUUAUUGUAAGGUCUAUGGAGGACAUGUGACACCCACCCAUUUAUUAGAGGAUAUGGAACUAAUCAACUUAGUGAUGAAAACAAAAAGACCAGAUGGAAAACCGAAUGCUCCUAUAUGGAUUACAACAGAAGAAAACGAAGAUUGGGAUGAUCUACAUUGCACCGUAGUAACACCUGAUGGACUUCAAACAGUGGUUUCCUGUGACAGUCUCUAUCCCUUUGUCUGCGCGAGGGCUGUGUUGCAGUGCUUUAGCUGUAUCCCUAACACAACCAUGGUGCCACCAUUUCUUUGCGAUAAGCCCACAGACUAUGCUAUGGUGAACUGUCACAAUAGUACAUCAUGUUUGAUCACCACUUUAACGACGUCUACGAACCAACCGAUGCAUAUAAUGACUUGUGGUGAGGUAAUCGCUCCCAACUCUUCAGUUUUGAAUUGUUCGGAGAUGGAGAAAUAUGCGUGUGAAAACGUAAUGUCAACGAUACUAAACAGCUCAGAAGUAAACUCAGUCUCAUGCCGAUCAGUCUGCUGUGAGGAAACCAAGUGUAAUGUUAAGGACUUUGGUGUUACGGACCCACCAGCAACCACUCUUACACCAACUACCGAAGCACCAGUCUCAGCCUUGAAGUGCUUUAGAUGUGCUCCAAACACAACAAUGGUGCCACCAUUUCUAUGCGAUGAUCCCGCAAACUAUACUGUGGAGCUCUGUGAUAAAAGCACAUCGUGUUUGACCACCACUUUAACGACGUCUACAAACGAACCCAUAUAUAUGAUGGCUUGUGGAGAGGCAAUCGCUCCUAACUCUACGGCUUUGAAUUGUUCGGUGAUGGAGAAAUAUGUGUGUGAAAACGAAAUGUCAACGAUGCUAAACAGCUCGGAAGUAAACUCAGCGUCUUGUCGAUCAGUCUGCUGUGAGGAAAACAAGUGUAAUGUUAAGGACCUUGGUGCUACGGACCCACCAGCAACCACUUUUACACCCACCACGGAAGCACCAGCUGGAGUGACCGAGCCUGGCAAACCUCCUGGAAUACGUGCCUUCGAGUCCAAGGUACGUGUACACGAAGUUUGCUUUCCGAACAGGUUGACUUCUGAUUUCUUCAGACAAGAAACUGGAAGCAACAUCUUUUCCACAGUGCUUUCAUAACUUGUUGGCUUCAAUAUAU